AUGCCGGAUUUUGAACGUGUUAAAAAAAGUCGCAAUGAAGACGAUGACGUGGAGGUGCAAGCCAGUCGCGUGCUGCGCGUGAUGAAUAACGCAAUCGCCAAACUAAAGAUUGCGACGUGCCUCCCUGCCUUUAUUAGCGACGACAGUCUUUUGCUGAGGAAAUAUCUGAGAAACGACGAAGUGGACUUCAUUCAAGUCACUUGCGAACAGUAUAUCUCCCCUCUGGGCCAACAGGCGAGAAUGACAAAGAAAAAUUCGGUGGCGCAUCCACGUAUGGCAUUGGCUCUAGAUAUGAUAUGGAACAAUAUGGAGCUGCGAAAUCUUGCGCUGGAGAACCAUGGAGACUUGGCCGAUCCAACGGCCUUGCCUUUAAUCGACUCAAUACACUCCCUAACCCAGUUAACAGAAACCAAGCUGGGGCAAACGGCCAAAGAAGAAAGACUGAGUCGCAAACAACUUAGAACCGCCUGGUACGAGAACGCCGAAAUGCAGAAACAGCUCUCAGAGCUCACAACCAAAAUUGAAAGACAGGGAGACGAGGGCGAAAGUAAAAUUGUUCAGUCGAUGCAGUUGGUGCGCUCCUACCAGAACAAGAUACUCUCCCACAUCCAAACGGUAAAGCGAACCAUCAAGGAAAGAGUUGAAAACUCCGAGAAGACAAUGUACGGGGAGUCCACCGCGAGCUUGGUGCGUCAGGCGAAUCUGUCGAGCGACGCCAAAACCGUCACCAACCAGUACGAGGCGGUUCUCUCCCAGCAUCUAAACGUCGAGAAGAAGCUGCGCGCGAAAAGGCUGAAGGUCGAAACUCAACUCGCCAACUGGCUGAGCAAGUACGACGCGGACAUGGGGGAGCGACAGGCGGAGUUCGAGCACCUCGACGACAUCUACAAUCGGCAGAAGGAGAGCAUGGACCUCCUGCGGGUUAUGGUCGCGGAGCAGCAGGCCGAAUACGAGGCGCUCUGGACCGAGAGGCUGGAGGAGGGCUUGGCGAAUCUCAGAGUGAAUCGCGCCGCGCGAAUCAUUCAGAGAUGCUGGCGCAAGUAUCGCGCGAAGAAGCUCGCCGCGAAACGUGGCAAAAGUGAUAAGAAGAAGAAAAAGAAGAAAGGGAAGUGA